AUGCUUAUUAGGCAAACUCAACGGGCCGACUAUCCAGAGGAAUACAACAUCCUGCAAUCCAAAGGACAGCUUCCCUCGUCCAGUUGUAUCCUCAACCUUAAUCCGUUCCUGGAUGCUGACGGCAUCAUGAGGUCAUGCGGUCGUUUGACUGCAUCUGACUCGUUAUCCUACGACGAACGUCAUCCUAUCCUUUUGGCGUACCAUUCCAAACUAGCAGAGCUUCUGGUCACAUUUACUCACCGUAUCUCCAUACACGGGGGAAACCAGCUUAUGGUUCAUCUCAUCCGGACGAGAUACUGGAUUCCGAAGCUGCGGAACCUGAUCAAACGUGUGACCACGACCUGCAAGGUGUGUGUCAUUCACCGGAAGAAGGUGCAGUCCCAGCUAAUGGGUAAACUACCUCAGUCCAGAGCGACCUAUUCGCGACCCUUUACACACACAGGACUCGACUUCGCGGGACCGUUUGAUGUCAAAAGCUAUUCAGGUCGUGCUUGUCGAAUCACGAAGGGCUAUGUCUGCGUCUUCGUGUGCUUCAGUACGAAGGCCAUCCAUUUGGAAGCCACUUCGGACUUGACCACGGAGAAAUUCCUCGGAGCCUUCUCAAGGUUCGCGGCCAGAAGAGGGUGUUCUCUCCAUCUUUACUCGGACAACGGAAAGACUUUUGUGGGUGCGGAGAAGGCCCUCACAGAAGAUUUCAUCGCUGCGGUUAAGGAAAAGGCUACCUCGUCAUUUAGUCACCAGAGCCUAUCCUGGCAUUUCAACCCUCCAGGCGCCCCCCAUAUGGGAGGCCUGUGGGAAGCAGGAGUCAAGAGUUUCAAGACUCACUUCUACAAGACGACAGGUAACUUUAAGUAUACCCUUGAAGAGUUAUCCACUCUACUGUGUCGGAUCGAGGCAUGCCUCAACUCCAGACCAAUUUCCGCGAUGUCAGAAGAUCCGUCGGAUAUCCUCGCUCUCACUCCGGGACAUUUUCUGAUAGGCGGACCGCUACUCGUCCCCGCCGACCCUCCCACCGCCGGCGAAACCAGUUCUAUCCUGAACCGAUGGCAGCGACUCAAAGCCCUUGGCCAGCUUUUCGCAUCGAGAUGGAAAGCUGAAUACCUGAAAGAGUUCCAUAAGAGGACCAAGUGGCAAAUUCCAACAUAUGUCCGAAGGCGACAUGGUAAUUAUCAAGGAAGACCACGUUCCAUCGUAUGGAUGGAGACAAACAUGUCCAAUGUCUAUGCGUUCAAUGUCCAUAACUUCGUUCUUUUUCUCUCUGCUUCUAUCAUCUCUUUGCGCCAGCCAUGCCGUCCCAUCGCAACCAACGUCGCCAGCUCAUCGACAGAUGUUCUCGAGGAACUCGAUCGUUCCGAUGCCGAGUCUGUCCGGGGAUUCAUCCGCUUCGGACGUGUUCGCGGUUUCUCCGGCUAG